CUUGCUCAACCAAUAGCAGUCUCAAUCACAGCUACGAUAAGCCAUGCAGGCGUGAUUCGCCCAUUGCUCAGCACUGCAGAAGCACUGCAGCCCAGCAGAAGCAAUGACUGCGAUAUAAGACACUCGUCCCGACCAUCGCAAUGAUCACGACCAACGUAUCGCACCAUGUCUAUACAAGCAGCCUGGGAGGCCUGCUCCAAAACGGACACCCUUUUCAUCCUCGUGUGUUCCGUCUUUUGCUGGCUCAUCAUUCCUGCUGUCGGCCUGGCCUACUCGGGCUACUCGACGCGCUCUAAUAGUAUCGCUUCAUUUUACCCCGGGCUACUAGCUGUCGCCGUCUGCUCGAUCCAAUGGUGGAUGCUCGGAUACUCGCUCGCCUACGACGAAGGCAACGGAUUCUUUGGGGGCUUCAGCAAGGUCUUUCACAUCGGCGUUCUCGCUGACCCGGUCGGUACAAUUCCCGAGAUCCUCUUCUCGGAGUUUCAGCUCAUCUUCUGCGCGACCGUGUGUGCCAUUGCGAUCGGAGGUGCCUGCGAGCGAGGCCGGCUCCUCCCAUUGAUUCCUUUCAUUUUCCUCUGGUGCACCUUUAUCUACGCCCCUCUGGCCCAUAUGGUCUGGUCGGAGAACGGAUUCCUCGCCAACCUGGGCGCCCUUGACUUUGCUGGCGGCACUCCGGUGCACAUCUGCAGCGGUGCUACUGCUACCGCGAUGAGUGUCUACCUCUCGUACCCUCUGUUCCGAUCGCGCCGUUCCCAGAUCCGCACUCCGCAGCACCUAACCCUCCACCGGCCGCAUAACACCCUCUGCCAGCUGCUUGCACUCAUCAUCAUCUGGAACGCCUGGCUCGCUUUCGACGCCGGCACUACCCUCGCCCUGAACUUCAAAAGCGUCAUGGCCGCCUGCGUGACGAAUCUCUGUGCCUCAUCCGGAGCCCUCACCUGGGCGAGUCUCACCUACUGGGAGACCGGAAAAUGGAGUCUCGACAGCACAUUCCUCGGCGCCAUUGCAGGCCUCGUCCUCAUCACGCCCAGCGCUGGCUUUAUCGAUAUGAGCACGGCCAUGGGCUUCGGCAUCCUUGGGGCUGUGUGUGGGUACCAAGCUUUGAAAAUCAAGUUCACGAAGCGCGCGAAGCUGUACCGCUGGGUCGACAACGGAGAUACCUUUGCUACGCAUUGUCUGGGCGGGUUCUUGGGCACGAUCGUCACAGGAUUAUUCGCGCAACGCUCGGUCGCGGCCUAUGACGGGGUUACGGAGAUUGCGGGCGGAUGUUUCUUCGACGGGAACUGGCGACAGCUAGGAAUACAAAUUGUCGAAGCGCUGAUCGGUUUUGUAUGGAGCUUUGGAGGAAGUUAUAUCCUCUAUGCCUUGGUGGACUGCGUACCCGGCUUCGAGGUACUCGCGACCGAUGAGGACGUGAUCGCCGGCAUGGACAAAUCCCAAAUGGACGAGUCUCUGCACGAAGCCCAAUGGGCCGGAGAGGAGGAUUACCAUCCCUUUGAAGGAAUCCGCUUGUAGCAGCAUAGCAUUCAGGCUCAAUCAAUAUACCGACCA